CAAAACCAAGCACGAACAAAAAAAAACAGUGCAUCGCGUCUGGUUUAAAGCGGAUAGAUUGCAAUUUUCACAAUAAAUUGAAAUAAUUUCCCGCAAAAAAAUUGUUUAAUAUGUGGUAAAAACGGUGCUAUUCCAUAUAAUUAUAAAUGUUUGUUAGUCAUUUGUUCGUAUUCUGUCCAUUCAUAGUGAAACACGUCCAAUUUUUUUUCUGUUCUUCGACCGAUUGUAAUUAAGACGAAAUGCAUUCCCUUUGUUUUUAAAAUGAAAACAAGUGUUAUUUUGGGUGUUAAAUGAGUAGGGAAAAAUGAAGCAGCAACCAGAACAGGGUAAAGACACAUUAUUGUCGAUGACUCAACCGCAGUCGGCAAACGGCGAUGAAAUUACCAAUGGAAACAGUUCAAUUAUUGAGUUCUUGAAUCAGGAGCAAAAGUGUUUAAUUCCCACGGAGAAUGAUUUAACGAGUGAAGUGGAUGUAGACAGUCUAUUCGAGGAGAUAAAUCGAUUAUCAGACGAGUCAGAUGAGAGAAGUGUCGAUGAAAUUCUGCGAGAAGCUGAAUUAUUGCUAUCAAAACAGCAACAAAUUGAAUCCGAUUUAAAUCGUAGCGAACGUGAUGAAGAUGACCGCGAUGAGAAAGAUGUGGACGAAGCCCGCGAAUCGAAUGGGUUGAGUGAAAGUGUCAUUUCGUAUAAUACAUGGCAUUUCAAUGAGCCUUUGGAGACAAUAUCGGAGAAAACAACACCGCGAACAACAAAGUCGCAGAGUAGCGACAGUCGAGAUGAGCAAACACUGCAGACAAUUGACGACCUGGAAUCCGAUGGACACAGAGACCAAGUUCGUACGUCACAUCGUACGAAAAUAGCCACACCGACCAAGAACGCAAAUCAGAAACGUAAAUCCGAACCACAGCAGCCAAUUGCAGCAUUACACGCACACAUUGCGGUCGAUGAAUCAACAACACUCGAACUGGAAAUACCGGAUAAAAAGUCUCCCGAAUCGACAGCGAUAAUCGUAAAUGAACUUGAAAACAAUGAUCGAGUGAACGGCAAUGGUGUUAGCCGUGAUAACGAUUUGCCAAAGACCUGUUACAAAAUCGAAGCGAAUGAGUACGAAGACGAAAAUGGUGCGAUGUCGCUGCCAAUUUUAUCGAAACCACGAUCGAGCCGUUUGUCUUCAGUUGCUACACUUGUUUCGCCCACGACACCGAUCAUUUCGGCGAUAUCAGCGUCCAGCUCAUUCUCGUGGACACGCGAACGUGCACUUGAGCAGCAAAUUGAUAGCUUGCAAGAAACUUUAAAAGACACCGAAGAAAGGCUGCAUAGUUUGCGCUUGCAGUACGACAAUGUGUCGCACAUGCAUCGAUCGAUGCGAGAUAGAAAUCAUCAAAUGCAGGAGGAAAUGGAUCGACUGAAAAUUGACGCGCAACACCUACGUGACUGUGCCAAUAUACUCCGAAAUGAACUGCAAGCUGCGCGAAAAGAUCGCGUCGAUGCUCUUGAGGUACAGACCAUGCUACAACGCGAACUGGACACAGCCCGGGAAGAAAAGCGUCGUGCUACCGAGGAAGUUGGGUCAAAUGAGCGCCAAAUAUUGGAUUUGCAACGACAAUGCAAAGAAAUGGAACGCAUUUUGGCACGCAAAAAUCCAGACGCCAUGCACAUGCUGUUGGGACCAGGAGCAAAGAAAGCUGAAGAUCAAGCCCAAAUGGCGACCGCUCGCCGUCAUUUAGAACAACGGAUUGCGCAACUCGAAAACGAUGCCAAAGAACAAGAUCGCAAGGCCCAACUUAUAUUAGCUAACGUUCAAUCACGCUUCAGUUCGGUGCAAUCAAAGUAUGAAACGCACAUCAGUGACUUAGAAACGCAAGUGCUAAGUUUGCAGCAAAUAAAUCAGAUCUUGCAUGAGAAAAUUGAAGCGCAAGCUCAGCUGAAAUCGCCCAAUAACAAUUAUAUGAUUGAUCAGCAGUCGUGUGGCACUCAAACGCUGCCGUUUGCCGAUAAGAUGUCUUGCAUAACAGCCAGUGUAUGUACGCAAACGGAACCAAAAUCACCGACCGUUUCUCCAGCACCGAAGGCACCCACCAGAAAGCCGGUAAAAUCGGUCACUUCGACAAAGGAAGAGACACAUCUUCUGGCAACAGUCCGAGGGAUGCGCGUCGAUUUGGUAAUCAAAGAAAAGGCAUUGCAACGUCUGACUCGUGAGCUUGACGAUUGCAAGAAAACGAUAAAAAAACUUCAAAAGGAGAAUGAAAGUAAUCGCGGUGAUAAGGCUACAAAGAAACCAUACGAUCCGGCACAGUUCACCGAAAAAUCCAAUCCGUCUAAUGCUCAAUUACAGGAAAAAAUCAAAUUACUUGAAAUGGACUACAAAUCGCUACACGAUAAGCGACUGCAAGAUUUGAAGAUUUUGCAGUCAGCGCAUGAACGCGAACUAUCUGCCAACAAGGAGACCGUCCGUCUUUUGGAACAGCGUUUAGCGGAACGUGAUGAGGCGUUUGCCAUCAUUCAGAAACACAAUAAAAUCCCGAUCGAUUAUUUUGCGUUGAAGGCGAAGGUGUCAUCGCUUGAACGAAGACACACUGAACGUGAGCAGCGGCUUCAUAUUUUAGUUGAUGCACUGAGCAAGGGCCGUCUUACUGGGUCAUUUGAUCAACGUGAAGGUUCUUAACUAUACAUCGAUGGAAACUGCCUGGCUCGAGAGAAAGAGUUUACGAAAGCGUGAGCAUUUUAUCAUGUACGAGUUUCGAAAUCCCAAAUUCCAGGCCGAAUUUCGUUGCGCGGCGAAAAUUAUCCAGAUAAAUAAAUGUCUUAAAUAGUAUGUAGUUGAAUUUAAGAUCUGUGUGAAAUGAACAAUACAAUUUUUUUCUUGCAUUUACUCUAUAUUUUGAUCUCAGUUCCAAUGUAGGACUUUACCUUGACCAAAGAUUAUUACUUUUUCCUUAUUUGAAUGAUAUUUUUUUUAUUUUCAAAACUUUAUCAAAUAGACAAUGAGUAAUGAAUAAAUGACUCGAUAAAAUCACUUAAAA